CGGCCGUUUUGCUUUAGCGACGAUGGCAAUUGUUAGAAGCACGCCGGCGGUGCGGCUAAGCAGGUCAGCCGUCGCAGCGCUUAGGGCAACCGGCAGGGGUCUUCAAACCCUACCAGCAUCGUCCCCUGCGCUGCGCUCUGCCUCCGCCUCCCCUGCUUUUUAUCCCCGUGCUCCCGUUCCCACCCUCACUAAUAACCAAAAUACAAUUUCUUCUGCUUCGAUCUCAUCAUCAUCAUGCAUCCGCUCUUACUCCUCUGCUGCCUCUAGCCAGAUUAGCAACUCCGAGUUUACUGAAAUGGCGUGGGAUGGAAUUCUUGGAGCUGUGGAUGCAGCAAAAGACAGCAAACAUCAAGUGGUGGAAACCGAGCAUCUCAUGAAAGCCCUUUUGGAACAAAAGGAUGGCCUUGCUCGAAGAAUAUUCACCAAGGCUGGUGUUGACAACACAUCGCUGCUGCAGUCGACUGAUGACUUCAUAUCUCAGCUGAAGGAACCAUUUUUUGAUAUACGGUUCGUGUGCCCACGAUCCAUUUCGGAUAUCUAACAAGUACAUACAAAAACCAUAAUCCUACAAGGUAGUAAAAGAAGUAUACCUGCGAAACGAGAAGUGAUCGACUCCAGAGUUGAUCUUCCGAAUUGUUCCCACGGCAAGAUUCAACGUUGGAUGGCAACUAUCUUCGAAUCCUUAUCUCAAUCUAGAGAAUUGCAAAUCACCUAUCUCUCUCUAACUCUUUCUCACACACUCUUUCACAAACCGUUCUCUGCACACUUUCAUGCUAAAAAUAUAGCAAAAGCAUAGCAAAAGUGAAAAGAUAAUGAUGUGCAUGACUAAGCACCAACUUUCAUUCCUUUACCAUCACUUUCGGCUAGUGAUAGUUUAAACAAUAGCAAAAGUGAAAGUUGGACAAUCAUGGUCAUUUAAUUAUUAUUUAGAAUAAAUAAUAAUGCCCAUCAUUAUAAUUAAGAGAAAGAUCCUUUAGAGAAUUGGUACAUUGUUCUCUUGAGAUUUAAGCCUAUAUUUGGGCCAACCGGGGAUCUACUAGCUCGAAUAAAGUUUGGCCUCCCAGUGCUCGAUUUUCUUAUUCAGCCCAGAAUAUAAAUCGAGACACUA